GUAGGCAAUGUUUUUCCUGGAGGUUAGCGCCUACUUUCCUAAUGGCUAGCUGCGUGUCAACAUAGCUCCGCCAGUUUGACGCGUUUUGCAUGACAAUUCGCGGCCAGGUCGGAGCGGAGGACCGAGAGGGCGCGUCACCGCUCGCAGCUCGCGGAGUAUUUCGUCGUUUGGUCCCCGGUCACGCAGGGAGGACACCUCGCGCGGAGCAGACACGUUAACAAACAUCGAGCCAGUGUUGCGUGCCGUAGACUGCCACUCUCAACCAAAACAAUGUUGACAAACGACCUGUGGACGCGCACCAACCAGUCAUUUCAAGGAUGGACAAAUGCGGCGUGAAGAAGAUAAUAUAUAGAAGAGAUGACCAUCUAAGCAAACUUGUCUACACUGAAAGCGCGGAGGAGGGAGGUCUGUUGAAAGUGUCUCCUCACACUUCUAUAUCCAUCACCUCAGCCACCUCUAUCAUUCUUCCAUCCAGCCGUUUGAUGCAGCCAGGACAGGUUCCUAACGGCCUCAGCAACAGCCCCCUUCCCGAAGAGCUCACCCCCUUCUCUGUCACUGCCACUCUCGGCCCCCUGUUGGAAAUCCCAGAGCCUUGGGGCCUGACCAAAGAUCAAAAGUCUAAGCAGCAGUUGCCCCAGACGUUUGGGCGUCAAAACUUGGGGGAAAAUUUGCCCCAGUUGCAGGCCACUAUACUAGACAUUACCCAGUCCUCCAUGGAUUCUCUUAUUGGGGGAUCAGAUCCAAAUUUGUUUGUCAUGAAAACAGAGGAUUUCUCAAUGGAUAAAGGUGACCAGGAUCCGAUUGACCUCGAUCAUGCUUUUGAUCACAUGGGGAAAGAUGUGGACGUGAACCAAAAGUUGUUCAGUGAUAACACUCUGGAUCUGCUCCAAGACUUUGAGCUUACUGGGUCCCCCUCAGACUUUUACGUAGGUGAUGAUGCUUUCCUGUCCACUCUGGCAGAUGAUUCUCUGCUUGGAGAUGUUGGGUCAGAGAGGGACAUUAAGCCAGCCAUGGUUGAGAGUGGUAACGGCAGUGGGGCAGUCUCUGUUGCUCUCAACGGCAGCAUUAUGACAAGUCCAGAUGAGUCCGGCCCUAGCAUAUCCCCAGCCUCCCUCCAAACGUCUACAACCACUCUGUCUGCAUUGGUGAAGAAAGAAAAAGAUACUGGCCUCAUUCAGCUCUGCACCCCAGGUGUGAUCAAACAGGAGAAGAUGUCUGCCGGCCAGAGUUACUGCCAAAUGAGUGGCACGUCCUCCACAGGCCUGUCCAGCUCGAGCCCCAUUUCCAUCUGUGGGGUCAGCACUUCAGGAGGACAGAGCUACCACUUUGGGGUCACCCCCAGAAGCAAUGAAACUCAGCAGAUGAAGGAACAGAAGUCAGUGUCCAAACUGUAUCUCCCAGUGACGACCAUCAGUGGAGCCUGGAACAGGGGCCAGGGUCUUGCAGACAACUCACUGAUGCAGAGGGCCAGCGAGUCUUUCUCAAGCUCUCCCUCCUUCCUUACCAGCUUUGCAAGUUCUACCUCGAGACAGGAAGGAGGCCACGCUGCAUCCUUAGCGCAGGCAAAGAGCGGGAAUCAUAAAAUCUGCCUAGUGUGCUCUGAUGAGGCGUCAGGCUGUCACUACGGCGUUCUCACCUGCGGCAGCUGCAAAGUCUUCUUCAAGAGAGCAGUGGAAGGGCAGCAUAAUUACCUUUGUGCCGGGAGGAAUGACUGCAUAAUAGACAAGAUCAGGAGAAAGAACUGCCCGGCCUGCCGCUUCCGGAAGUGUCUGAUGGCAGGCAUGAACCUAGAGGCUCGCAAAACCAAGAAGUUGAACCGCUUAAAGGGCAGCCAGCUGAGCAACCCGCCCGAGGUGACGACGACUCCACCGGUUGAGGCUUGCCCUCUGGUACCCAAGUGCAUGCCUCAACUUGUCCCCACAAUGCUUUCCCUGCUGAAGGCCAUUGAGCCGGACACCAUCUUUGCCGGCUACGACAGCACCCUGCCCGACACCUCCACCCGCCUCAUGACCACCCUGAACAGGCUUGGUGGCCGGCAGGUCAUCUCUGCUGUCAAGUGGGCCAAAUCUCUGCCAGGUUUCAGGAACCUUCACCUUGAUGACCAGAUGACCCUGCUGCAGUGCUCAUGGCUCUUCCUCAUGUCUUUCGGUCUGGGCUGGAGGUCUUACCAACAAUGUAAUGGCAACAUGCUGUGCUUCGCGCCCGACCUUGUCAUCAACGAGGAGCGGAUGAAGCUGCCUUACAUGGCCGACCAGUGUGAGAUGAUGCUGAAGAUCUCCACCGAGUUAGUGCGGCUGCAGGUUUCCCACGACGAGUAUUUGUGCAUGAAAGUCCUGCUGCUGCUCAGCACAGUGCCAAAGGACGGUCUGAAGAGUCAGGCAGUGUUUGAUGAGAUUCGGAUGGCCUACAUCAAGGAGCUGGGGAAAGCUAUCGUGAAGCGUGAGGAGAACUCCAGCCAGAACUGGCAGCGUUUCUAUCAGCUCACCAAGCUGCUCGACUCCAUGCAUGAGAUGGUUGGAGGACUGCUCAACUUCUGCUUCUACACCUUUGUGAAUAAAUCCCUGAGUGUGGAGUUCCCAGAGAUGCUAGCAGAGAUCAUCAGCAACCAGUUACCAAAAUUCAAGGCCGGGAGCGUCAAGCCCCUCCUCUUUCACCAGAGAUGACUGUGCCCCGCAGCAGACACGAUGCCUUAAAAAUCCCACCAUGUCACCUCGCGCUCCCACCUGCACCCCGCACGCCCACCUACCCCCAAUUCCCAUCCCACCUCCACCCCCCGGAGAGGGGCGAUGUAAGGACUGAGGGUCUGAGGCGAGGAGCGAAUGAUGUUAUGCAACUUUGUGCAGUGGCUCACAGGUCUGGAGGGAGGAGAGCAGAGAGAGAGAGAGAGAUAGACUGGAAAUGAAUCCAGACGGUGAGCUCAGAGGUUGUUGUGUUGUUGAGCGAUCUAAGACGUAGUGUUUAACAACAAUUAGGAAAAGAUUUGUCAGAUAAAAGAUAAUCACCAAGAGAAGUAGGCUAACAUCCACGUGGUCUCAGGUUUCUUACCUUCAGAUACAAACCGAUAUCUAAGAUAGAUGAAACAAAUAUCUAUGUACAGGUUCUGAUAGUAUUUUCUACAUUUUCAAAUUGUAACAGUUUAUACAGUUUUUCCAGGUCAUUGUUGCCUGGGAAGGUAACAAAGCUUAACUAAUAACACGCUCUUACGUAGGCUUUUAGACUGUACGUUCCUCUUUACGUUUUUCAAGGAGGAUAACAAAACGUUUGUCAGUCAUACGGGGGGGGGGGGCUCCACUCGUUUAAAAGCAUAUUUCUGCUUUGCUUUGAUUGAUACUUUUGAAAUGCGUAACAGUUCUGCUGAACUGUUAAGCAACAUUUGACAGGAUGAUUUCUCCCACAAGCCAACCUCUUCCAGGUUUACACAGGUCUAUUUCAAAAGGGAAAAAAUAUGUGCCUUGUUUGCUUCAAAUAUCAUCUUAGCCAUUUUUCUUCCUACUGUCUGAUGCGUGCUUAUCUUUAACCCAUCACAGUCUUCCUUCAUCGUACGUUGAUUGUACUUUUUUAUAUCACACGCAUUUGCAAUUUUUUGUUUUCCAGUGUGUUUCUCUUUAGACGUGGCAGCUCAGGCCAUCGUCCGUGUGUCGAACUGAUCCUUAUUCUUGGGAAAGAAUAUUCAAAGCCUGCCUCCCAUACAAUUAACUCCACUUUUAAAGUGUGAUUCGAGCACUUAGUUCCGCGCUAAAGGCUUCAAAAGACUGUGAAGAGACUGUUGUGCUGCAGUCUUUACUAUAUGAGUUUAGAUGAAACUUAAAACUGUCUCUAAUAGGAAAUAGCUCCCGUUGUUUAUUUUAGACCCAAAUCAAGCCCCAAUAGACUAAUAAUGUAAAAUUAGAUGUCUACGUCUACCAAUCAGUAAUUGGAGGCCAUAUAUUAUGUUUGCAAGAUUAUGUCAUUUUUGAUUUAUCAGAAAAGUUCUGUCAGUCUACAAUGGCUCCGAUUGGUUGAUAAAAAACCGUCCAUGUUUUCCAGCUCUUUUUUUGCCACUGACGAUCCUUCCACACUUUGUCCAUGCUCUCAGUCAUUUUUAUUCUGGAAAUUACUGUGUUGCUUUUAUUUGUUGGACUGAUUUACCAUUCUGGGAAAUAUGUUGACUUGCCGUCAUGUGCAGGGUUGAGUAGAUCAGCGACAGUGACGUAUCUGGACAGUAAACGUCACGUUGGAGCGAGCAGUUGUUGAGCUUAGCUUGAUAAAUAGACUGAAAAGAGGGGAACAAGUAAGUCUGACUUUACCAGCUCCUCAGAACACAUUUGGCACUUAGUAGAGGACGUAGCUCCAGAUCCCCUGACAUUCAAUCAAGCUGUACUUGAUUUCUCACACUUAUAGAUAUUAGUUCCCUUAACGUGCCUUUUUUUUAAAACCAAGAUCCAUGAAUAUUUCUUCGGGAAAAUAGGGAAAAUGUUGAGAAGCACCUCAUCUCAAUAUUAAAGAAAGUUAAAUAUGGCUCUUGGAAGCUGGUAUUUUUCUGGACUCUUCACUGGUUGCCUAGUAACUGGUCCUCAUCAUGAAUGGCUCUCUCCUUCAUAUUUACUGUACAGACACACGGAGUGGGAUCAAAUCUCAUAAAAAGUGACAAUGCGUAGUUCCCAGAAUGCUGAACUUUUCCUUUAACGUGAACAUUCAGUGUGAUGACAGCUCAUAUAAAGUGUUGUGGAUCAGCUGUAGGCAGAUUCAUUCACCUGUACACCCCCCACAGCUGCUGAAAAUCCCCCUGACCCCUCUGCUCUGUAGGCCCCUUGUCUGUAUGUCUGUGUAUCUUUUAGUCCUUUUGCACGUUUUAUUUGUUUGUCUGUGUAUUUAGUCAAACCCCAAUGUUGGAACGCACUUAGCAUCCGUCACCUGACAGAGUCCAGGCCGCUGACUGGGAGGCAGACAAAAUGAAUCCUUUAUUCUCUGGGAACUAUUUCAGUGCCAAACUUCCGUUUUGUCUGUUUCCAGUGAGGCUGAAACUUUGUCAGUGUUUGGAUCAAAAGAGAAAAACUGAGUCCCAGCAAUGAAGCUGAUCGAAUUUGUCUGAACAGAUUUGAUACUCUGUCAUUAGUGAGAGGAGUGGAAAGUAUUGUUAACACACGGCACUCCGAUUUGUUGUGUAAUCACAGAUUCAUGUAGGUCUGUCAAUAUCCCCAAUUCCUGUGUGUGGUGUAAAUCGUGAUUUGAAUCGCGUGUUUUCAUCUGUCGAGUUUGUCACCGGCGUGUUUCACAACCCCCGACAUGCUGUUUGUGUUUAUUAAAGCACAAAAUAAUCCAGGUUUUGACACGAAUGUGAGUUGUACGGAGGAAUUAAUUCAGAUGACAGGAUAAUUGGAUGAAUAUGUCAAGUGAGUGAGUAGAAAAAUGUCAAAAUGUCCUAAAAUAUCCCAACAAGGAAUUUAAAAAGCACUAACCAACAUGAAGCCACUCCCACACUCAGGUUGUUGAAACUUUGUCUGAUUCACAGUUUGUGCUCGUCCAUGUUUGGUCGUUAAUGUCCUGAUGUCAAGAACCAAAAAACAGGAAAAAUGAAAACACACAGAUGAGGAAGGUUUUAGUUUUUUUCCCCCAAUGCCGCCCCCCCCCCCGCCGCUGACAUUCAUACCCUUGCUCCGAGACAGGUCACUUUGUAUUUCUUAACCUUGUUCAGAAAACCUCAUUAACUGCAUUGGGUUUACUCAUGGGUUACUUUCACAUUCAGUGAAUCCAGAUCUCUACUGCUGCUGCUCAUGUAAACAGGUUUAUAUACAUCUAUAUAUGUGAAGUCACACACUUGCCUCUUCUUCUUGCUCAAAAAUGUAUCCCCGCUUGUACAUUUUUGAGGAGGACAACUGAAUAUGCAAAAGAAAUGACAGAUUAUCACCAUCACACAAGAUGUGAUCUACUCUUUUUAUUUUUAUUUUUCUGAUAUAAGCUAUUUGCAUAUAGGAGAUUUACACUCAACUUCAGGAACCGAUUCACUUCACGUCAGUACCCAGUCCACACAGACUGCACAAAAGCCUAUUUGAUGUUUAAAUACAAGGUGACCAAAGCACGUACAGACAGAUUCAACAUGUCCGUGUAAACAAAGUAGCACAGAUGUUGACAGAUGUACAGUUCUUGUUUAUUUCUUUUUAAACACAUUUUCACUCCAACAUUGAUGGCUUUGGUCAAAUUGUGUAAUACUGUGAAUAGGAUAGGAGUCAGUCUUUUAAACACACAAACUGUUUGUGAGAGUAAUCAACCAGCUUGAAUCUAAAAAGAUUUGCACUACCCAAAUAUUGUUUGAAAAUCUAUUUUGUAUAAAAUAUAUGCAGACAUUAACUUUUGAGAAUUAUCAAGGGCAGAUCAUGUUUCACUGGUAUAUGCUUUCUCUAAAAUAAAAAGCUUUGUUUUGCUUAAAAAAAAAAAAUCAAAUGUGUACAUAUAAUCCAUUGUAAAGAAAAUGUGGUGUAAUUGUCUCCAGAUAAUAGUUUUUCUAUACGGACUCUGUAUUAUUUCUCCUCUGUAGCGUGACUCCUGUCGAUCUUUUCCCCUCUUAUUGAUUAAAGGUCGAACUGUAUGUCUUUGUGUGGUACUUCUCCAAACAAGGAUCUCUGUGCUGAUCUUUGCCAUGAUGUUAACUGGAUGAUUAAGAACAUUGGAAAACGGUCCGGCUUGUUGUUGUACGCCACUUUUCAUGUUCACAGCAAGCACUUGUUCAUCAAAUAAACACGCUUUUCCAUUCUGA